AUGGAUGGAGAAGCUAACGGAAAUUACUUACAAGUCACUGAAAGGAGUGCUGCAGCAGCGGAGUUUGUCGUAGAAGCUGGUCUCAAUGAGUCUCGAACGAAUAAUGGUCUUCAUCAUCAUCAUCAUCAAGCUCCUCUCACGGUCUCCGCAUCGUCAUCGACUGGCUACUCCAACAACGGUAUAGACGCCGUCCAUCUACCUCCCGGUACCCGAGCACAAAUUCGACGUACGCUGAUCACUGAUGAUGACCCAGUAGAGGCGGAGCGAAUGCUACAUGAUCUCGACCCUAAGUCACCGGCUGAGCUACUGAAAUUUGUACAAGACAAGAUUACUCCACUGGUUGGUAGUGACGAUGAGUCGACUAAGCAGUUGGAGAAGGCUAUGAUGUUGAUAACUUUCGGGAAGAAUGCGGAUAACUUCCCAUCAGAAGGAGACCGAUGUAAGUUGAUGGAGGAUCUCGAUGUUGUCAUACUACGACAAUUCGAUAUGAGUCCAACACCUCUCCUCACCUCCAUUGUGAAGUAUAUGGCAAUGGAACAAGCUAAGGCAUCAGAGAGCAAUGGAACGGUGUGUGUAGUACCUCAACUCACUGAUGUCGGUUCGGCUACCUUCUCAACGGUCCCCUCUCCCCCUCCUAUGCCUACUAAUGGUACUACUGCCGGCCAUGGUAGCGCUACAUCGAGGGAAGUUAUCAUCAGUGAUACCAGCAGUGAUGGUGGGGAGGCAGUGCCUCUAGCGACUUUACUUGGUCGCUCUUCGGCCGACGACUCGAGUGAUGCCGAUAACCAGUCUUCAGGGGAUUGA